UCCCCUCCUUCCGGAGGUAGUGGUGUAGCCCGAACGUCGUGAUAAAAGCCUCCUUCUCGCAAGGUUUCUAAGCAGACGUUGGAGGCCUGAGAAAGUGGUUGUUUGUGAGUGUGACGGGCAGCGGAUAUAGACGGCAUCAUGCCUCUCCGAAUCAAAGUGGUUUAUUGUGGGGCCUGAGGAUACAGUCCCAAGUAUCAGCAGCUCAAGAAGGAACUCGAAAAGGAGUUUCCGGGCAAGCUGGACAUAAGUGGUGAAGGGACUCGUGAGGUCACAGGAUGGUUUGAAGUUAUGGUGGCUGGGAAGCUGGUGCACUCCAAAAAGAAUGGAGAUGGCUUUGUGGAUAAUAAUGCCAAGCUAAGCAAGAUAAUCAUGGCCAUUAAGGGAGCCUUGGCAUAAUGAUGGCUGUAAGAAUGCACCAACAGCUCAGUGGAUAACAGAGUUCAAAGAAAAAUCUGUUUUGUUCAUCUUGGCCGAGCGCUUGAUGACGGGAGCUGCUGAAAUGUCGUCAGACGCGUGGCAGUUCCCUGAAAACCUUUGCGUAGGAUGCCAGCUUGAGCAAAGCCUGAUGGAAGAAUUUGGGCUCUGAAUAAGAUGUGCUUCGACACCCAUCUGCGGAACUGGGUUUGGCCUCACAGCUGUGACGCCUAACACCUUGGUUUUCUGUACUCAUUGUGUGCUGCAUGUGAUCUCGACUUUUUCUGUUCUGGUUUUAAUAGUUGAUAUUUUAAUGGUGGUAACUCUGAUCUAGGAUCACCAUGGAGGAUAGGAAUAGUGGAGACCCCUCACAAAAAAGUUGUUUCUGGGUUCUGAGGUUAUGCAAUGCUCCUCAGUGCUUUCAGCUUUCUAUGAGGCAAUCAUGUACAAUACGCUUACAGAGUGCUUCCAAUAUAUGUUGAAGUCUAAUUCUCAUCCAGCCAAAAUGCUUGCCUUUCAAUUAACCAACUUUCUAGGCUUAAAACAUGGAACUCGAGUAUUUUCUUGUUCUUUUCCCUCCCCCUCCCAAUUUUCAUGAUGCAUCAUCUGUUUUUUGCUACUUUGCUGUUUUUUUUUAAAAAAAAAAGCUGAAUCCAGUGGGCAUCCAAUAAAAGACAUUGCAAGAUAUUGCAACCUGUGUGAAAA